GUAUUUUUUUUUUCAUUUCAAUCAAUUGUAACAUUCAUUCAGUCAUUCCUAAAUUUAUUCAUUCUCGAUGAUAUGUCAUAAUUUGGAAAAAUCAUCACCAUCAACAUCAUUAUCAAUCGUUGAAUCAUCAACGUCCGUAAGAACAUCGCAGCUGUCAAGUGAAACGAUCAUCAAUAAUACUGGAACAAUUCUGAUGAUUCGUCGACAGCAUCGAACAUCGGCAACAGUGGCCAAUACAAAUGAUAUGAAUACAGCUACUGCAUCUGCCAUAGUUGAUGAUGGAUUUUAUGAAUCAAAAUCAACCACCGAUAUUGCUGUUGAUGGAUUAUUAUCAUCCUCUUCAUCAUCAUCCUCUUCAUCAUCAUCGUCAUCAUCAUCAUCAUCGACAGCUGCAGCUGCAAUCGAAGAAUCAUCAUCAUCAUCUUCAUCAUCUGUAUCAAGUGUUGGAUGUGUUCCGAUGAUGAUGAUGAUUGCGGCUACAACCAACAAUGCCGAAUCAAAAAUCCGUCUUAUAUCCUGUGAACAUAUCAUUGCUUGGAAACAUCGUUUCAAUGGACAACAAUUAUAUAGAGAUCUAUAUCGAAUAUUAAUAUUGGCCAUUAAUAAAUCAAGUAAAAAAUUUAAGGCAGCAUUAUGUCGUUGUUAUAAUGAAUCAUGUCCAUCGAUUCGAUUACCAACACGAAUACAUGUUUGCCUUUAUUGUCGGAUGAGUGCCUGUUUUACAUACAAACAUAUCCAUCAACAUUCAAAAGAUAAUAAUCAUAAUUUAGCUAUGGAUAUUCAUUAUGGUUAUGUUUAUUGUUUUGAUUGUGAUAAUUAUAUAUUUGAUGUUGAAUUUGAAACAAUUGCAUCGAAAUUACGUAGAAAUACACUUAUUCGUAAUGUUGAUUUUCCAUAUCGUUGGGAACCAAAUGCAUAUGAUGAAGCAUUAUUCGAUACAUUAACAACAACAAAACGAUUAAAUGUUCAUCGUGGUUAUAAUGGUCUUCGUGGUUUAAUUAAUUUAGGCAGUACUUGUUUUAUGAAUUGUAUUGUACAAACAUUAGUACAUACUGAACCAUUACGUGAUUAUUUUCUCGGUGAUCGUCAUAUUUGUAUUCGUGAUUCAAAUGAAUGUUUAGUUUGUGAAAUGUCACAAUUGGUCCAAGAGUUUUAUUCGGGUGAAAAGAAACCACAUAUGCCGGUAAAAUUAUUGCAUCUAGUAUGGACACAUGCUAAACAUUUAGCUGGUUAUGAACAACAGGAUGCACAUGAAUUUUUCAUUUCAACAUUGAAUAUUUUGCAUCGACAUUCAUCAGGUAUUUUUCCAAAUCAAAUUGUAAACAAAGAAAAAAAAUCUAAUGAGUUUUUUAUCGAAUUGAUAGAAUCGAAUGAUAGUUCAUCAACAAAUAGUAGCAGUAAUAAUUCAUCACAUAGUAACAGCAAUAAUAAUAACAAUAAAAAAUGCAAUUGUAUAAUUGAUAAAAUAUUUACUGGCAGUUUACAAUCUGAUCUUGUAUGCCAAAGUUGUGGUGGUGUUAGUUCGGUUGUUGAUCCAAUCUGGGAUUUUAGCCUUGAUCUAGUGAAUAAUGCUGGAAAUAUUGAAAAUCGAAUGUCGUCAACAACAAUGACUAAAUCAUCAUCAUCAUCAUCAACAACAACAUCGGCUGCUAUCAAAACACCAUCAUUAUCAUUAUAUGAUUGUUUAAAAUUAUUUACACGUACUGAACAUUUAGGUAGUUCAGCUAAAAUUAAAUGUAACAAAUGUGAAAGUUAUCAAGAAUCAACUAAACAAUUAUCAUUGAAAACAUUACCAAUUGUUGUAUCGUUUCAUUUAAAACGUUUUGAACAAACAAAUAGAUUGAAUAAAAAAAUAUCAACAUAUGUAUCAUUUCCAACAAUGAUCGAUAUGACACCAUUUACAACAUCGGAAAUUGGUCAUCAAGCUCGUCGACAAAUAUCCGAUACAACAACAACAACAACAAGCUAUGAUGAUUAUGAAGGUGGUGGUGAAGAUUGUAAACCACCACCAUUGAAAAAAAUGCGUAAAGAUAAUAGUUAUUCAUUGUUUGCCGUUAUAAAUCAUAGUGGUACAUUGGAAACUGGUCAUUAUACAGUAUAUGUUCGAUGUAAUGGCCGUUGGUUUAAAUGUGAUGAUCAUUCAGUAACUAAAGCCACCGAAACUGAUGUGCUCAAUAGUGAAGGGUAA